AUUUGCAGAUGCCUCUACAUCGAUGGAUCCAUCUCCUUGAUAUAUAUAACAACGGAUCUUCCAUCCUCACAAGCGAUCAUUCAAUUCAUCCUUUCCAUCCCUCCCCCUACUCUCAAUUCACCGGGUCCUUAUCCUACUGCUGCUAGUCGGCCGGAUACUUCUUUUCUUCAAACCCUUUUUUCAGUUUCCCUUGUAAAUACCUAUAUCACUGCAGCGCAGUCAUUCCUUCAGUUCUCACAUUCUCUACUACAUCUUCACAUCUUCAUCAUGAAGUUCUCAGCAUCCGUCGUCGCUGCAUUGACUGCAGGCGCCCUUGCUGCUCCCGCACCAUACGUCCACAGCCGCCUGUCCAAGAAAUAUGUCGAUCCCAAAGGCGACUUCACCGCCAACGCCAGACGUCAGAUUCCCGGUCUUGAUGCAUUGACAGGAGGUGCUGCUGGCGGACAGGGCAAAGAUGCUGGAGCUGGUGGCGCGCUCGCUGGUCUCUUGGGUGGCCUGGGUGGUGGUGCGGCAGGAGGUCAGGGCAAUGGAGCCGCCGGAGGUGCUGGCGGCCUGGACGCUCUUUUGGGUGGUCUAACUGGAGGUGCCGGCGGUGCGAACGCUGCCACUGGUGCCACAGGAGCGAAUGGGAAAGGAGCUGGAGCGGCUGGAGGAGCGGCAGCUGGGAACGGUAAAGCCAACGGAGCUGCUGGAGGAGCUGCUGCUGCUGGUAACGGUAAAGCAAAUGGAGCUGCUGGAGGCGCAGCUGCUGGUAACGGCAAAGCUAACGGUGCCGCCGCGUCAGGUGUCACUCCCCCAGCUUCCGGUACUACUGGUACGGCAGGAGCCGCAGCUGCAAACGGAAAAGCCAAGGGUCAAGGAAAUGCUGCCGCCGCCGCCGCCGCUGCCCCAGCUGCUGCUGGUGCUGCCGCCCCCGCUGCCGCCGGUGCCGUAGCUGGUGCUGCUGCUAACAACGGCACGGCUGCUGCUGCACCUGCAGCAGGAGCCGCAAAGGGCAAAGCCAACGGAAACGCCAACGGAAACGCUGCCGCCGGGAAUGCUGCCGCUGGUAAUGGGAAAGCGAACGGAAACGCCGCAGCUGGUAACGGAAAGGCUGGCGCAAACGCUGCUGGCAAUGGAAAGGCUGGCGCAAACGCGGCUGGUAACGGAAAGGCUGGAGCAAACGCGGCCGGUAACGGAAAAGCCGGAGCAAAUGCUGCUGGCAAUGGCAAGGCUAACGGUGCUGCUGGUGCCGCUGGUGCGAACGGUGCCGGUGCUGCCAAUGGUGCUGCGGGAGCUGGAAACGCCGCCAACGGAAACGGAAAGGGUGCGAAUGGAAAUGCCGCUGCUGGUGCCGCUGGUGCGAACAAUGGAGCAGCUGCCAACGCGAACAACGGAGCGGCCGGUGCCGCCACAGGAGCAACUGGUACAAACGGUGCGGCCAACGCUUAA